AUGGCGCCGCGGAAGGAAAAGACAGAGAAGGUCUCUGCGGAUGAAGCUGCAGACACGAUUCUCAGUUAUCUUCGCAAGCAGAAGUAUGUGUCACACCUUCAAGAUUACUUCCAUGCUGCCGCGGCGAAAAUUCUGAAGGAGAUGCAUGAGCGGAAGGAGAUCGAGGGACGUGCAGCAGGUAAAUUUCUACGCGUCAACAUGCUACCACGCCUUGUGUGGCCCUCGCAGCUCCUUCCAGUAACGCCCUCCAUGAGAGCAGACUACGAGAGCACGGAACAAUCUGAACUAACCAUCGCUCCCGCAGGAAAGCAGAUCGUAUACCAUGUCAUCCAAAACUCUGAAGACGCCGCCACACCCGAAGACCUCCAAGCAAUGGACGACGAGAUCCAACGGCUCCGCGACGAAACAUCCCAAGCCAAAGCGAUGGAGAAGACGCUCCGAUCCACCCUCUCGAACACGAACGCCACACUCUCCACCGCUGACCUACGCGCCUCAGUCGCGGCCCUGGAAGCAGAACGCGCGGAGGUCAUUGCACGGCUAGGUCCUUUGCGCACUGGCAGCGUGCGGCCCAUAUCUGCAGAAGAGAAGGCGGGCGUUGAUGCGGAGUUGAGGAAGUGGGAGAAGAUGGAGAAGGCGAGAACGAAGAUUGCGAAGGAGAUGUGGGGGAUAAUUCGGGAAGGUUUAUCUGAGGCCGAGGCUGGAGAACUGAGGGAACGGCUGGGGCUGGACGAAUGA